UAAAAGGGACUCAAAAAUUGACCAAUGGAAAGAGUAGAAUAAAAGAAAGUGUUGCAUGCAAUAUUCUCGUGACAUGAUUGGUUGCUGGAGUAUUUAAUAAAAGUGCAACAUGUCUUUAUUCACUUCAUUAAAUUAGAGCAAAAUUACAUAUUUUUUCUUGUUUAUUAUUGUCCUAUGUUUUUCUUUAUAAUCAGUAAGUUCAUUUACAGCACCUGUUAAGUGAUUUGAAGAAAGUUGUAAAAUAUAGAUGAAACUAAUCUUCCAACUGAUCAAGGAAAUGGAUCGUUGAACAUAACCCUUUGAUUACGAGAUGUUCCAAACUGAAAGUGUCGAAAGUCAAGUACAAUUUGCUGUCGCAAGCAGAAUUGCGCUGUGAUAGUUUGUAAAGUAAACAAUUUGUAAUCAUUUACAUUUUCAGCAUUGACGUCAAGUAUGGGACUUUUAUUUUCUAAGCUUUGGAAUCUCUUCGGAAAUGAAGAGCAUAAGAUUGUGAUGGUGGGUUUAGACAAUGCGGGAAAAACAACAAUUCUAUAUCAGUUCUUAAUGAACGAAGUUGUACACACGUCUCCAACAAUUGGAUCGAAUGUUGAAGAGGUUGUGUGGAAAAAUAUUCACUUUAUAAUGUGGGACUUGGGUGGACAACAGAGUCUACGAGCUGCCUGGUCGACAUAUUAUACAAACACCGAGUUUAUUAUCAUGGUAAUUGACAGUACAGAUAGAGAAAGGUUGAAUGUAAUAAAAGAAGAAUUACAUUCAAUGUUGAAUCACGAGGAACUCAGUAAAGCAAAAGUUCUAGUCUAUGCGAAUAAACAGGAUUUAAAAGGCAGCAUGACAGCUGCCGAAAUUUCCAAGGAACUUGGUUUAACAUCGAUCAAAAGGCAUCCUUGGCAUAUACAAAGUUGUUGUGCCUUAACUGGCGAAGGAUUGUACCAAGGAUUGGAGUGGAUUGCAGGAAAGCUGAAAAAAACAUGACGUACAUUAUGGGAACAGCCGAAGACCUCUGUGAAACAUUAUUAAGAAACAAAAAUUUGUAAAAUAAUAGUUAACGAAGACGUUGUCACUUUCACGGUUGUACAGAUAAUUUGGUUGCAUUCACAAAGACAAGAUUGUUCUUAGCUAAGAUAAAGUAACAAUUGAAAUUAAAUCAAUGUAUUAGCGCUGGAAAAUAAUCAGUAUGGAUGGGAAAUAUUUUUUUUUUAUUUUUUACUCGCAUAAAAUGUAAGUCGAGAUUCAUCACAAAAAAGUUUUCAAGUUUUAUUUAUUUUUUUCCAAUCAAAUUGCAUUUUCCUUUUUCAUUUGCUGAGUAUAUUUCUAUACCAUUCGUCCAUGUCGUCUAAUUCUGCCGUUCUGAUGAAGAAAGUCGGUACUUGCAUUCAUGCGGUGAUUUAGAGAUGUGUGUUCUUACGAGCAGAUAUUUAAGACUUAUUAAGAUAAUUACAAUCUAUAAUUUUUGUAUUCUCUAUUUAAUGUCGCUAAAAGAUUUUAGAAAACAACUUUUUAGAAUUUUCUGAGAAAUGACCCGUAAAACCUGAAAAAAGUUUGGAAUUAUGAAUUAGGCUUUUUUUAGAAACCCAACAAAAGAAUAAUUAUUUUUUAAAUUUUAUUAUUGAUAAAUGAUAUAACAAUAGUUACGAUUCCUUUUUUUGUAACGAAUCGAGUGAUAUAAAACACUCUUUUUACACAAAAAUGUCGAAUACCAACUUUUUUUCAUAAGGACGACAGAAGGCCCAUCCACUUCUCCAGCGAUUAGGAAAAAUUUAAAAAAUAUUAUUGAAUUUGGUUUUUAUUACAGUCAAGUGAAAUGUGUUUGGCUUGUAUGAGAAUGAAUAUAUUUUUUAUACUUCUCUUAGUGUUUGCGGAAACAAUUAAAAUUAUGAAUCUAACUGGUGCGUUAAUAUCGUCAUAGAUUCAACAACGUCCUUGAAUGAAAAUAGGAAAAGAUUUGUGUAAAUGAAAGACAAGAGAUAAGAUAAGAGGCUCUAAAAAGGAGACAGUUGUCCGUUGGAGAUAACAAUAUUCUGUAAUCAAAACGAGAAUAUUUUUUUAUUUUUAAUUAUUACUAAAAAUUUAAUAUCAUUUCCACAGGCACAGCACAAAGUGCUAAAAAUCCAAUGAGUGUUCAUUCAAUAAACUAAUUAUUUUAUUCUUUAACCGAUAAUAUAGACAUCAAGUUUAAAAAGUUAAUUAGAAUUUAAUAAUAUUGAAUUUUAAUCUAUUCGAAUAUAUAACAAAAAUUUUAAUUAUCCAAGUUUGAUUUUAAUUAAUUUCGAAUGUGAAAAUUUAACGGAAAUCUUUCUAAUUUCGCCAAUUUGACUUUAUAAUAAGGGAUUUUUACAUUCUAGAAUUUAUUCAUAAGGCAGCUUUUGACGUGAUCGGAAGUAUUUUGACUGACAGCUGUCUUGUUAAUUUAAUUGUUUUUAUUAAAUAAAAUGUAAUCCAUAAAUUUUUAAGUGUGUAAUUUAAGAAAAAUACUCUCUUUAUAUAGUUUAAUGUAAUUAUUAUAUACGAUAAUUUAAUUGAUGUACCAAUGGUGACACAAUUUAACCAUUGAAAACUUUAUAAGAUUGUACUGUAUGGAAGGUUGGAUUGAUGGAUGCAGCCGAGACAUACAUUUAUAUAAUAUUCUGUGGAAAAAAUGGUGGUUUUUUCUCAUAUUGAGAAAAUUUUCUCAGAAUGAAUGAUCGUUUAAAAGUGUUUUUUUCUUUUUACCAUAGCAAUUUCUGUUUUUUGAAUCUCCGUAUCGCGAAAUUGAGAAAAUAUUUCAUUAUUUUAAACAAUAUUUGAGUCUUGAUGUAAGAAUAAAUUUUGUCAUUCUUGUAUUCGGUUCUCAAUUAAGAAUAUUUGGAUAAAGGAAUAUUUAUAUAUUGAGAAGAAAAAGAUGCUUAAUUAUAUAUGUAAAUUCAUA